GUUAGCAAGUACAGCAGACGGCUGAGUAAAGUUUGAGGGACUCUCAUUAAACACAGAGACGAUAAGAAGUAAGAAUUCAUUUAUAUCCGGCUUAUAAUCUAUUUUGUUAUUGCUCUUAUUUAUGUCUAUUGUUAAAGGACAGGAAACAAUGGGAGACCAAGUGUUGACAGCGACCGAAACGGGAGCUGGAGAUGUCGAAAUGACUUCUUCAAUAAGCUGGGUGGAUGAUGUGACAAAGGAGGGGGCUCAAGACUUAAAUGGAAAUAACAAUCAUUUUCAAAGCCCACUUCAAGAGAAAAAAGAAAAACCUUCAGGACCACGAAUGACCAAGGCCUUCCUCAAAGACCACUGUAAGCAGAACAAACUCUACUCAACACCUUGCCUGAAUGACACACUGUAUCUGCAUUUCAAAGGAUUCUCCAUCAUUGAGAACUUAGAGGAGUACACAGGACUGAGGUGUCUCUGGCUGGAAAGCAAUGGCCUUCAGCGCAUCGAGAACCUGGAUGCCCAGAGUGACCUGCGCUGCUUGUUCCUUCAGCAGAACCUCCUAAACAAGCUGGAAAACCUGGAACCCCUGAACAAGCUCUGCACCUUAAAUGUGUCCAACAACUACAUACACAACAUUGAGAACAUCUCCUGUCUUCCUUACCUGAGCACGCUGCAGAUUGCCCAUAACAAGCUGGAGACUGUGCAGGACGUAGAGCAUCUGAGUCAGUGUCUGGCUAUCAGCGUGCUGGACUUGUCGCACAACCUGUUGCACGACGCUGACAUACUCCCCAUACUCGAGGCCAUGCCUGAACUACGAGUGCUGAAUCUCAUGGGAAAUGACGUGGUGAAAAAGAUCUCAAACUACAGGAAGACCGUGAUCGUGCGCCUUAAGCAGCUCACCUUCCUCGACGAUCGCCCGGUGUUCCCCAAAGACAGGGCGUGUGCAGAGGCGUGGGCAGCUGGGGGGCUGGAUGGGGAGCGGAGAGAGAGGGAGCAGUGGGAAACACGAGAGAGAAGGAAAAUCCAGGACAGCUUGGACGGCAUGGCAAAGAUUCGAAAGGAUGCCCUGGAGAGAAAGCGCCUUCGAGAGCUACAGGAGAAUGGGGCAACUGAGGCUUCUACCUCUCCGGAAACUCCAUCUGAGGAAAAUGACACCGAGAUUUUGACUUCAUCUGAUGAAGAGAAGAUCAAAGCCUUUGUGCAGGACAGCCUAGAUGCCCAUGAAGAGUUUUUGCAGAGUCAGUCAACAAAUGGGUCUUAUGAACAUCAGCUUGACAGUGAACAGUCAGGGGCAAACUUUCAGAAAGAUGUCCAGGGUAAAGCAACAGUGAUGCAGCUUGUGAGAGAAGACGAAGAAGAGGUCAAUCCAGAGUAUUCAGCACAAGAGCAAAAGAGAAUCACAGAAAUGUUGUUGGAAUCGGGACAAGAUGAUGGCCAGCAACACAAAAACCAGUCAUGUGGAAUUCUGUUUUUGAGAAAUGAAGACGAUGAGGGAGAGGCAGCAAACAUGAGAGAGCAGUCUGAAAAAAAACCGCCUUCUCCAGUCAGGGCAGCUCCUCCUGCUGUGCCAGCUUGUGGUGCUGGACCAUUGGUUACAGAGCUGGGAGACGAAGAGCAGCUAGAAACCAUUUACCUCCCGUUACAUCCCUCUCUGUGUAUUGAUGACCUGCCUGACCUUGAGGAUGUGGACACAGAAGACUUCACAGAGCUAUUUUCCUCUCAGCAAGCGUUUAAACCAAAAAUAGAGCUCUUACCAGGUAGCAAUGAUGAGGACGAACCGACUGAGAGUCAGGAGGAAAACAGCCACACCCUUGACCAAGACAAAAACUUACUGUUCUUAAUGGGUGACAUCAACAGGUCAAAAAAGGUAUCCGACAGCUUUUCACCACUGGUGUAUCCAGAGGAUGAGGAUGCCUUUUUUGAACCAGUGGGACAGUCCAAAUCAGCCCAAACCUCAUCCCGAUCCCGCUGCUUAAUCGAGGAGCUGGAAUGAUACUUUCAGUGUUUAAAGCAGUUUUCAGAUAUUCCAGUGUUGAAAUUUACAGUCUUAAUGAGAGACUAUAUCAAAUUUAAGAAAUGGUUAUGCUAAAGGUUGAUAGACUGGCUGUGUGAGCAUUGAAUGCAAUUCAAGGCACAGCUUUAAUUAUAAAAAAGAUAGUUUAGAUGUUACAAGUGUUGGAAGGAAUUCAAUGUCUAGCAUAUUUGAAAUGAAAUAAAAUGCUGGCGACGUGGGUGUUAAUUGUAAC